UCUCUGUCUCUCUCAUCUCCGUCUGUAACUGUGAACAGACUCGACGGAGCGAAGCGAACGGCAAAGUAACUAACCGAUUCAGUGAGCGAGCGAGCCGAGAGAAAAAAUGGUGGUGGUUGAAGAUUCUUCAGUAUCGACGAUUAUGGCUGCAGAGAACAUCGAUCCUAACACCCCGACGAACCCUAUCCUCAAAGAGAAGCAUGUCCCGGCGAUUAAGGCUAUCUCCUCCGUCGAAGAUGAAGGUCCGUCGAAGGAGAAAUCGAUCCUUUCCGGUGGGAACGACAACGCGUCGAAGAAAUCAACAACCGUAAUCAAGAAAUCGCACUUGUUCCAGAAUUCUUGGGCAUUUUGGUUCGAUACUCCAUCUUCGAAAUCGAAUCAAGUCACAUGGGGAAGCUCUUUGAGAUCUUUGUAUACAUUCUCUUCUAUCGAGGAGUUCUGGAGUCUUUACAAUAACAUCCAUUCUCCAACCAAGUGGGUUCCUGGGGCAGAUCUCUACUGCUUCAAACAUAAGAUUGAACCAAAAUGGGAAGAUCCUAUCUGUGCUAAUGGAGGGAAGUGGAGUAUGAUGUUUCCUAAAGCUACACUAGAAUCCAAUUGGCUUAACACGUUACUUGCGUUGGUUGGUGAGCAAUUUGAUCAAGGAGGUGAGAUUUGUGGGGCAGUUUUGAACUUCAGGAUGAGAGGGGACAAGAUCUCUCUGUGGACAAAGAACGCUGCAAAUGAGGAGGCUCAGCUAAGCAUUGGGAAGCAGUGGAAGGAACUUCUUGGUUACGAUGAGACAAUUGGAUUCAUAGUUCAUGAGGAUGCAAAAGCUCUUGGUCGUGAUGCUAAAGAUCGAUAUACUGUAUGAGAUUCACAGUUUUACUUGUCAGCUAGGCCGGGGGAAAAAGAGAAGACUUCAAAGUUCAAAUGGAAAGUCAUAUGAGAACAUGACUUCUAGCUGCGUCUGAUCUAUCUUUACUGUAAAAAGAUGCACAAUUAGGAUUUGAUGUGAUCAGCGUUUUCUCACUUUCAGCUAUUAGAAUUGGUGAUAUUAGUUUUACUCAUGUACACGAUUUCGUAAAAAACCAACUUCGAAAUUAAAUUCCUUACGUUAUCACUUAUCAAUGUACUAGAAAUUGUUUUAGGUA